CAUCCGUCUUUGAAUUCCUUCGCGAAAUAGUCAUUUCUUGGUCGUAGACUCUCGUGAACGAAUCGUCGAUCAUCUCCACCGAGGUUGACAUUUUCGAUUGCAUCUCGCAGGAAUAUAAAAGCUAGUGCUUCUCCUUGUUGUCGUAUAUGUCCAUCCAGAAUCUCACCACAUUUGAUCCCUUUGCGGACGCAAACAAGGGUGCUGACGAAGGCGUACAGGAUGGAUUCGUACAUAUAAGGAUCCAGCAAAGGAACGGACGCAAAACCCUGACCACAGUGCAAGGUCUCUCGGCGGAGUAUGAUUUGAAGAAAAUUGUCCGUGCCUGCAAAAAGGAAUUUGCAUGCAAUGGCACCGUAAUUGAGCACCCCGAGUACGGCGAGGUGUUGCAGCUGCAGGGAGAUCAGCGCGAGAACAUCUGCCAGUGGCUGACUCGGUGCGGCCUGGCCAAGUCGGACCAGCUCAAAGUGCACGGCUUCUAAGCACGACCGAAAUGCAAAUCCACUGCAGCAGGUGACAUGUAUCUGGGCGCCAUUGAUGUCUUUAGAGAGUGUCUAAAAAGGACUCUGGGGCUAUUUUUGUAAAACGACACCACUGUUAGCUCUGAAUCAUCUACCUUUGAAUGCCACAAUACGAAAUACAACCCGAGUGCCUCUCUGCUCAGUGGAUCCAACGCAACAGUUUGAAACCAAUCAUGUUAACAGUUAAUGCAAGUAAAAAUAAAAAACAAGUGGAUUAAAUAAUGAUAUCAUUUUAAGUGAUCAACUUUCAUUUUUUCUUGUCGUUGGAAGGAGAUAACAAAAUUUAAAAUAAAA